GAAAAUCAGAAAAAGGAUUUUUGUUUGAAUAUCAUUCUUCAGAUUGAGGUGUCUUGUUUGAGAUUAAAAAUGUCAAAACUCCAUUGGAUGCUGUAAAAGAAAAAGAAACAUCAUAGAGGUAGAGAGAAAAUUAAAAGAAAGAAAGAGGCAAAGCAAGCAAGCAAACCCAUCAAAUCAUUAGUUCAUUAGACAACACCAUAUCUUUCUAGACAACAAGACCCAAGGCCGAGAACAGAAAUCACCCCAACAAACGCUAUCGAGAAAUAGAUAGAUAUAAAUAUAUACAUCUACAUAUAUGUAAAGAUUAUAUAGUGUUUUAUAUUCUUUUGGUCUUAAGUCUUUAUCAGUCAUCAAACCUCGUCAGAUCCAAAUUGAACCAGAAAUAAACUACCCAACCUCUCUGUUUUCUUUUUUAAUCUUCUGUCUCCCUUCUUGUGUUUUCCUUUUGACCCUCAUUCACUGGGUCUGUGUUCUUAGAUGAGAGGAUUCUUUAUAGUCAAUGAUACAGUGAAGUGAGCUGUGGAGUGUGAAUUGCUUUUUCUUUUUAAGUUCUGCUUGAACUCAAAAGAGCAUCUGCAGUAAAGCUCAUGUCUGGAAAUUUUGAUCAGCUCAUGGUCCGGAACUGGUCAGCAUUAUCUUGGAGAUAAAAAGAAAAGAAGUGAGAAAAUGAGGAUCAGGAACAAAUACAGGAAAUCAACAACUUUCCCUUGCAAUGCAGGGGGCAGAUGUUCUAUGUCUGCUGUGCUGUGGAGCUUGGUGGGGUUUCUGCUUUUCCUUCACUUAUGCUCCCUUGUUGGUUACAAUGGUGGAAAAAGUGGAGAGAUUCAAUUCCGUGCAAGUCGUCACCCUGUCAUCCGUGAACUUGAAGAGGUGGAGGAGGAGAAUAUCCAAAUUCCCCCACCAAGGGGAAGAAGAUCGCCACGGGCUGCAAAACGAAGGCCUAAGAGGCCAACCACAUUGAUUGAUGAAUUUCUUGAUGAGAAUUCCCAACUUAGACACGUAUUCUUUCCUGGCAUGAAAAAUGCUAUAGAUCCAACUAAUGAUGCUGGAAACAAUAGCUUCUACUAUCAUCCUGGGAGAAUUUGGUUGGAUACUGAGGGAAAUCCUAUUCAAGCUCAUGGAGGAGGUAUUCUGUAUGAUGAGAGAUCGAAGACCUACUAUUGGUAUGGAGAGUAUAAAGAUGGACCUACUUACCAUGCUCAUAAAAAAGGAGCAGCACGAGUUGACAUUAUAGGAGUUGGUUGCUAUUCCUCCAAAGACCUCUGGACAUGGAAGAAUGAGGGAAUUGUAUUGGCUGCAGAAGAUAUGAAUGAAACCCAUGACCUGCAUAAGUCUAAUGUUCUUGAAAGGCCAAAAGUGAUUCACAAUGACAAGACCGGAAAAUAUGUGAUGUGGAUGCAUAUUGACGAUGUCAACUACACUAAAGCUGCCGUUGGUAUUGCCAUUAGUGAUUCCCCAACUGGUCCCUUUGAUUACGUCCAUAGCAAACGGCCCCAUGGAUUUGAAAGCAGAGAUAUGACAAUCUUCAAAGAUGAUGACGGUGUGGCUUAUCUUAUAUAUUCCUCCGAGGACAAUAGCGAGCUUCACAUUGGACCGCUUACGGACAAUUACCUUGAUGUCACACAUGUUAUGAGACGGAUACUUAUUGGACAACACCGGGAAGCCCCAGCACUAUUUAAGCAUCAGGGGACUUACUACAUGAUCACAUCAGGGUGCACUGGCUGGGCGCCGAAUGAAGCCCUAGCUCAUGCAGCUGAAUCAAUCAUGGGGCCAUGGGAAACUAUGGGAAACCCAUGCAUUGGAGGGAACAAGAUUUUCCGCCUUACAACAUUUUUUGCACAAAGCACAUUUGUAAUUCCUUUGACAGGGCUUCCAGGUUCAUUUAUUUUCAUGGCAGAUCGGUGGAAUCCUGCUGACUUGAGGGAUUCAAGAUAUGUAUGGUUACCUUUGAUAGUUGGCGGACGGGCCGAUCGACCACUUGAAUUUAAUUUCGGGUUCCCAGUAUGGUCAAGAGUAUCAAUUUACUGGCAUAGAAAGUGGAGGCUCCCUUCUGGAUGGAGAGGGUUGAAAUGACAGGUUAAUAUCUUAUUUAAUGUAUCAUAGUGAAAUGCUCUUGGCAUAUCCUUUCACCCUUACAGUAUAAAUUCCCCAUAUGUAGGUGAUGUUAAUAUUAGCUUUGAGGAGGGCUGGAUGUUUGUUGGGAGAAAAAAUUCAUCAAUUGGAAAUUUUGCUAUUAACCUUACUUUACAGUUGAAGCAA